UGCUUUUGUAGUCGUGCCUGGGAUCUUUUUUUUUGGGGGGUGGGGAGGGAGGGGCAGAACAGUGCGUUUGACCGCAGGAGCGGUCGGGGGAAGCGGCUGGGAAUUCUGCUGGAAGUGUUUUCCUCUGCUCCGGCGUUAAAACUAAACAAGAGCCGAGCGUAUUUAGGUGCAGAACACACACCCGAGCCAGACCCCGCCGAGUUCCUCGACCUCAGUUUUGUCUGAUGGGUUCUUUUUUUCCCAGUUGUUAGAGCGUUUCUUGGUAUGUUUGCAAAGCACUUCUUCGGAAGCAUUUCGUUCUUUGCGAUAGGUCUGGAAAAGCCUUGCUUGCAUGUGCUGGUUUUUUCUCCCAGUUCCUUCGUGCUGGGGACAAAAAAAAAAAUGCUCUUUUUGGGGGUGGGGAAGGAAGAAGGAAGAGGAAAUGAAGGUUUAAGCAUGUUUGUGGAGUCAGGUCUCUCUCAGUUUGUUCUGCUCAAGUAACAACUGGGAGUGUGACUCGGUGGCUUUUAAGCACAGAACGUUUAUGAACAAAAACUGCGAGGAUUUAAACUUUAUAGGGAGGAAAGUGUUAAACUGAUGGGAAGGCACGCGUUUGAGAGAGCGGAUCUCAGAGACGCUACCUACGUGCCCCUGCUUCAAACUAGUGGGGAUGGAGGGGAAAAAACCCCCAGAAAACCGGUGGGGAAAAAAACCCCAAAACAACCACCCUACAAUUUGCAUGAAUGAUGCCACGUAAAAUACCGGAGCGAGGAAUUGUGCUCUGCAGACGAAAAGCCUGAAGUCCCGUGAUAUGACUCGCUCAUUUCUGCAGGGCUCAUCAGAAUGGUGAAUAACACUGAAGACCCUCAAGAGGCUUUAUAACGUCCCAUCCCCAUGUAAAGUAUGCUCAGAACUUUUCCAGUAGUCCUGCUGGAAACCAUGUCUCACUACACGGACGAGCCAAGAUUUACCAUAGAGCAGAUAGACCUUCUGCAGCGCCUGAGACGCACGGGAAUGACCAGGCAUGAGAUCCUCCACGCUCUGGAAACCUUGGAUCGCCUCGACCAAGAGCAUAGCGACAAAUUCGGGAGAAGGUCUGGCUACGGGGGCGGUUCCUACGGCAACAGCACCAACAAUGUGCCGGCCUCCUCCUCCACGGCCACAGCCUCCACGCAGACCCAGCAUUGUGGGAUGUCCCCCUCGCCCAGCAACAGUUACGACACCUCCCCGCAGCCUUGCACUACUAAUCAGAACGGGAGGGAGAGUAACGACAGGUUGUCCGCCUUCAACGGGAAGAUGUCGCCCACCCGGUACCCCCUGGCCAACAGCCUGGCCCAGAGGUCCUACAGCUUCGAGGCCUCCGAGGAGGACCUGGACAUCGACGACAAGGUGGAGGAGCUGAUGAGGAGGGACAGCAGUGUGAUAAAGGAGGAAAUCAAAGCCUUCCUGGCCAACCGGAGAAUCUCCCAAGCAGUUGUUGCACAGGUAACAGGGAUCAGUCAGAGCCGGAUCUCCCAUUGGCUGUUGCAGCAGGGGUCGGACCUGAGUGAACAGAAGAAAAGGGCAUUUUACAGAUGGUACCAGCUUGAGAAGACAAAUCCUGGGGCCACACUAAGCAUGAGACCAGCUCCUAUCCCAGUAGAAGAGCCAGAAUGGAGACAGACGCCUCCCCCAGUCACAGCUACCUCUGGGACCUUCAGACUACGGCGAGGCAGUCGGUUCACGUGGAGAAAGGAGUGCCUGGCAGUCAUGGAAAGUUACUUCAAUGAGAAUCAAUAUCCAGACGAGGCAAAGAGAGAAGAAAUUGCCAAUGCCUGUAAUGCAGUUAUCCAGAAACCAGGAAAAAAGUUGUCGGAUUUGGAGCGAGUCACCUCCCUCAAAGUGUACAAUUGGUUUGCCAACAGGAGGAAGGAGAUCAAGAGAAGAGCCAAUAUCGAAGCAGCAAUCCUGGAGAGCCAUGGAAUAGAUGUACAGAGUCCGGGAGGUCAUUCCAACAGCGACGACGUGGAUGGCAAUGACUACUCAGAGCAGGACGCUUGGCAAGUACGCAACGGGGAGGAGGAGGGAAGAUGUUCAGAGGGAGGCAGAGAAGCAGAGAAGGUAGAAGAAGACAGGAGGAUCUGCUCCAAACAAGCAAGUUACACCCCUCACACCACAAGCAGUGAUGACAGCACUAGCCAUAGUGACCACCAAGACCCCAUUUCCUUAGCCGUGGAGAUGGCAGCAGUCAACCACACCAUCCUGGCACUGGCCCGGCAAGGAGCCAACGAGAUCAAGACAGAGGCUCUCGACGACGACUGAUACAAAGAGAGGGGAGGGUCAAAGCAAGAAGUAACUUAGUUUUAGACGUAGCACCUUAGCAGACUUUCCUCGGUCCUUAAUAUGUGUUCUUACAGUAUAACUUUGCAGUUUCUUGUACGUCAGUUUAGCUGUUAGGGUCUUGUUCUGUGAAGAUGGCAUGGUGCCCUCAGCCUUUGCAUAUACUCUCUCAGUAUUAAUUCCCAAUAAAUAAUCAAUCAACCAACCAACCUCCCCUCUCCCGGCCCCAAGUGGCUAGAAAAAAAAAACAAAAAAAAUCAAAAAAAAAUCAAAAAAAAAAAAAUCUUGCUGCUCUGUCUUAGCAUUCAAAGUGCUUCCAGGUAUUUUAGACAGCCCUCGAUUCCAAGUCUUAGGCUACACUUAAAAACCUUGGAUAACCUUAGAGGUCGUGUUGAAACAAUAGUCCGUACGCUUUCCCUUCCCUGAGACUGAAAGGAUGCAAGCUGAGGUAGUGGCACAGGGUCGAUGGACACCACACUGGGAGCAUCAACAGAGAGUAAAAAGAACACUUAGAACCCCCACUUCAGCCUGGGAAUAAAUGAUUUCCAGCUGCAAUAAGCCGUGCCUCACUGGUCAUACAGUGACUUGAUCUACUUUUGGGUGCUGUGCUGAGAAUGUCCAUUGGAAACACAUUCCCAUAUUUUCCGUUGACGUUCACAUAUUCAACACAGACAUCCUCUGCUCUCACAAGCUGCGUGGCUUAGUGGAGAAGUGCUGCCUUCUGCCUCUGGGACCAUGGGUUGAAGCCCAGCCUGGGAUCAAAUGACAAAUGAGCUGAAUGUCUAAUGGACAACAGUCCACUUCUCAGAACCACUAUUCCUUUUUGGCAUGGCUGGCAGUGCCUGCUCAGAAGAGGUCUAGACUCUUAUUGAUCUGUCAUUAACUAUUUCACCUUUUAUUCCUCCUCUCGCCUUCUCUGUCCCCACCCCCCUCCCCUCUCCACUUUGCCACUUUCGAAAGCAAUGUUUUCCAGGAAGGUUGUUAAGGUCAUAAAAUGGGUGAGUGGAUUUUUACACAUCUGUGUAACCGAUGCCUACGUCCUGAGUAGCCUGAAAGGUUAUUGGAGAACUUUGACACCUGACCUUUGCUAGAGAAACCCUCAGAGCAUAAAUAUUCUCCUAAAUAUGAACUUUUUUUUUGUUUAAAGGCAGGAGGAUCUCUUACCUGAGAAAUGGGGUGUGAAUGUUUUGUGUUCUCUUUACUCUGUCUUUGUUAAGGUGUGAGAAAGCUAUACUGCUACGAGCAAUUUAAUUAAUAAUUGGAAGCCAUACUGAUAAUGGAUGUGGUAAUAUUUGUAAAGCAAACCUACUUUAAGUAGCAGGAACUAAUGGAAUUGUUUUCCUUGAUCAUAUGUAGCACUUUUGUUACUUUUUUCUUAAAGAUAUUUAUAUUUGAUAAGUCUUUUUUUUAUCAUUUGAGAAUUCCAAAUACCAAACAGCAAACUUGCAUUGCAGAGUCACCCUGCGAUCACCUUGUCAUCUUAGUAUCUAAAUGAUGAACUGUGUGUGCAUCUAAGAAAAUUACAUCUGCUAACAUUGUGUGGAAAUGAUCUCCUGGCAUCCUGAUAAAAUGAUAUGUUGCUGCCGGUAAGAGGAAACAUUUUGAUGGAAACAGCACGGGAAGUGUUAGAGACGGGCAAGAAAAACGUUAACAAGGAAAAAAAAAAUUAAAAACCCGUGGAAAUUUUUGUACGAGAGAUGUAUAAAAAUCUCCACAGCGUUUCCUCGACAUUCCAUUUUACCUUCCCAGUUUAUGUGGGAAUAGCUUAAAAAAAAAAAAAGAGGAAAACAGCUCACUCUGAGGGAUGGGCUUCCCUUUUCUCUCCCACUUUGGAGGCAGAGGGAACGAAGGGAAGUUGCUGUUACUCGCCUUGUUCUCAUCCCUUCCUCACUCUAAACUCUCAGAGAGCAUCGUGAACCCCUAAAAUGUGGCUGCUCAGCAGGUUUUUGGCCAGCCCAAACCCCUCCAGGCACAGGCUGACGAGAUCAGCUUUACAUCUGUUAAUCUGGGGAAAACUGCUGACCCGAGUGUGGAGGAGAUUUUGUGCUUUCAGAGGGCACCGGGUUGGCACCUCUUUGUCUCUGUACCUUUGAAGAUAUAUAGGUAGGGCUUGGCCUCAACUCUCACUUAUGGAUUUCAUUGGAAAAUUUAUGUGCUUUCCUUGGAUAUAGAUCACUGAAGCAGAAUGAAACCGUCUUUUUUUUUUCUGUUUUAUUGCAUUUCUCGAGUAGGCAAAUUCAUAAGUAGCACCAGGGUGGACUCAGGAAAGGCAGGACUGGGAUCAGCAACGUUGCACCACUGCAGUUCUUUUCUCACUGCUUUGUAUGAAUGUUUUGGUACUAAGGAGUGAAAGGACGGGGAGAGCUUUUAUUUCUAUUUUUGCACAGCAGAAUGAUCGAGCAAACUCGAGCCUUAGUGGAAUUUUACCUACUUAUUCAUUCCACAGUCACACACCAAGCUGACAAGCAACAUCCACGAUUUAUAGUAAGGAGAUUUUAAUAAUCGAUGACCUCUUUACGUUGGUCUUGCCACCACCAUUUGUUCUGGCUGUUUCAUUUUAAAAAGAACAGACUCAAAGUGCUGGACAGCUGCAAUUUUGAAAGAAAUAUUGCUUACUAUAGUAUCUGUAAAAGAAAAAAAAAAGUCAUUGUUUGAGGCGUUGCCUUUUUAAAGCAAUAGAGGAGAAUGAAAAUAGUAUUAGGACUUGUGUAUCCUGAUUAUAGGUUCAUGUGAUGCAGGAUCAGAGUAACACCACUGGAACUGUAUGUCUGUACCAUCAAAUGUAGAAUUAUCUGGUCUUAAUUCUGUUUGUCACUGUCAGGAAGCCGCUGACAUGAUGCACCAAUAUCCUCUCUGAAGGUUAAACAGGUAAACAAACCCCUGGUGAGUGACUACAGAGGGGCAGAUCCUCCUUGGCUGCAGGUUCCUGGUAAAUCCCAGUUUUCUGCUUUCCCACAUCAUCAUCUUACCAGAGGAAACAACAAAUAACUGGGGAAUCAGACACUUGGUUUUGUGGUGUCAGUGUUUGGGUGUUUCUGUCUGCUUUGGCUUUUCUUUAUGUGUCAAGAGGUACAAGACAGGAGUGAGAGCUCGGCUGUUCCCGGGGUCUUUGUGGAAGGCUGUUUUCUUGAUUUUGGAAGAUCGCAGUGAGCAAUUUGCAGUUGGUGAAUUACCUUUUGGUUUGACAUUAAUUAGCCAGGAUGGAACAGAUGCUGGUGUGAUGGUACCAGGAGAAGUGAAUGUGAUCUGGUGUAAGUGAAAAAAUUGGUGGAGAGUGUCUCCUGGAAUUUAGCCUUUCUUCUGGGUUUUUUCCAUGUUAUAGGACUCUUCUUUGUCUUUCUGUCUCUGGACUUCCUUGGAAAUUAAGCUUCGUUUUUAUAGCAUUGCAAUUCAGUUGUGGUUUGUUGUAGCCAGUCUGGAGUUACUGCAGUUUGUUCUUGUGUGGGUUCCCUUGAAGUGGGUCUGGUGGAAGACCAGAUCUACCUUUUUGUUCUGUGAAUAGAGAAGAAAUUAUUUAAGAUGCUCCUCCACUAUGGUGGGCACAGGUUGCUUUUAACUUCAUAGGGUAAGUUCUGGCUGUUACUUUUUCCCUCAUAAAGUCCUUAUACUUGAGUUGUUGUCUCUUACCGUCUUCUUAAAACAACAAUUUCUACCUCCACUUUUUUUAUGGAUUGUUUUUUUAAUUCCCUUUUUCUCCUGAAGUAUGAGAUCCCAAACGUUUGCAAAAGCAUUAUGAAUUGAUAAAAAUCAGCAGACUUGUUUCUUUUGGUCUUCUGAAUAGUCUAUAAACAUACGUAUGAUUAUAAUGAAAUCCCAUUACUGAUGUGUUGGCUAUGAGUCAGCAAUGCACCCUUGUAGCAAUUAAGAGACCUCAUUAAGAGCCUUCAGAUGGUCGUGGAAAGGGAUUAGAUCCUUCUGUCCAGCAUUUGUGGGUCCCUUGUGUGGGCAGAAGGUGUAAGGAUUGGAGCACAAAUUAUGUGGAGGGAGAUCGUAAGAGCUGGGUUUGUCCAGGCUGGCUCUGGGGACGUCCCAUAUUUUGGUUUUUGACUGUUUUCAUAGGUUGGUUUUAACUGGGGAGCCUGUGCAGGGUCAGGAGUUGGACUUCAGUGAUCCUCAUGGGUCCCUUCCAACUCAGGAUACUCUGUGGUUCCAGGGGAGGCAGAGCCAGGCUCUUCUCAGAAGGGCACGGCAAAGACGUGAGGGGCAGAGGGCUAAAGUCGCGUCAAAGAAAAUCCCAGAUGAAUAUAAAGAGAAAUAUUUUCCUACUCAGAGGGGCAGAACAACAACCCGAAAAGGCAGUAGAAUUCCCAUCCUUGGGGAUAUUCAAAACUCAACUGGACAGGGUUGGAUUAGAGACCUCCAGAGGUCUCUUCUGACCAGAAUUAUUCUAUGAUUCUGUACAGAGCUGCUCAGGUUGGGCUGUUCCCUAGUUCUGAUUUAUACAUGUUGACUUGUUAAAAGAAAUCCUCUUAAUUUGUUGUUUUGGUUUUUUUUUUUCUGUUUUGCUGUUCACAAAAGUUAACUUUUCUAGUUUACUAAUAGAGAGGAGCUUUAUUUGCAGGGUCUGGCUCCAGGCUCCAGUCAAGCCAUAAGUUAGAACUUUCAUUAAUUAUUUGCUCUGUUUACACAGUUCUUCAGGGAUAUUUGACUUAACUCUGUUUGUUUCAUUGCCUCACAUAAGACUGGUAAGUUUUUCAUGUUUUUGUAACAUUUGUGAUUUGUAGAUCAGUUUUUGCCUUCAUUUGUGAGGGUUCAUCCUUGUCUUGCUGCUGAAAAAUUCCACAUAGUUGAACGUAUUGGAGGAGAAAUUGUGGUUAAUUUAAGCCCACUGGUGACUACUGUGAUAAGCUACAAAUUCUGGGUCAGUAAAUCACAAAUUGAUGAUUAUCAGAAGCUGAAAGGGUUUGACGGGGAAAAAGUCACAUUAUAAUUACUUGGAUCCUCUUUCCUUAAGUGUUUGCUGUUGGCCACUGCUAGAAAAAAGACCCAUGGUACUUGUAACAGGGUUUCAUAAAGAAAAAGGUUUGAUUUUUCAUAUAGAUAAACCCACUAAAAUUGGUGUAAGAAUUUCCAAAACUCAAAAUUAAUUGCUGCCUUAAUGCAGGAGUGUGGUUCCCUGGGUGUGAGCUUAACUCCAGUCCAAAGCUGGAGUCACACUUUUCCCUGCAAAUUACUAAGAUUCAGUGUGGGAUUUUGCCCAUAAUCCUGAGCUGUGGAUGUUCAGUUGGAAAAGAUUCCCCCACCACCACCCUUUUUAUCCCCAGAAUUGAGCUUGUUUUAGUUAAUAAUUUUCUUAGCAGAAGGUUUAUGUUCCUCCUCCCAGCCCAGCUCCAUCAUGAUGCAGCCCUCACCUCCCAGUGCUCAUCAGCUUCUUUCAAACUCACUGAAUAAUUAACCAGCAGAUUUUAGGAGUUUUUGUUAAAAUAAACUUUGCUCUUAUUUCAAGCCUUGCACUCUGAAGUUAUUUAACUUGAUAAUGUUAUUUUGAUCAAAGUCUUAAGCUCACAGGCAAUAGUCUUUGGUUUGGGGUAGCUUUUGGCAGGAAUCUUUGGUGGCAGGAUUGGUCUUAAAACUGUGUUCCUUGUCAGUGACCUUAAUAUGUGUUGAUGGCCCAGAUUUGGUGUGUGUUUGUGGCAGCAGUCAGGGCUGUAUCCUGAUCCCAGCCAUUUUAAUGGAGUUUUUCACUGUGAUCCCUUGGAAGGGAAUGUUGAUGGCCUGACCAGAAAGUACCUCGCAGUUCCCAAAAAGAGUUACAGAGGCAUUUCAAACUAGAGCAUUCCCUGUUGGGCUUUUUAGCAGCUGGGAUAUUUACUCAGGAUAUUGGAGCAGUUCUUGGCCAACAGGCAUUUGGCACAACCCUAAAACCUUCGGUUUAGCCUCUCCUACUGUUGUCAAAUUUAUGGGGUUUAAACUGUCUGACUAAAGAUGUUGCACAUUGAUGAAAACCAGAGGCUUUCUGGAGAUGGCAGCUACAAGUCCAAAUUUGAAAUACACAGAAAUUAUCUUCUUUGUGAGAAAUACGUUAUAACUAGAAGAGCUGGGUUGGGUGUUUUGAGGACUGUCAAUAAUAUGACAGUGAUUUGAUGUUGGUUUUUGUCCAACAAAUAUAAAUCAAAUCAAACCAAUGGAAGUUAUGUCAGUGGCACCAGUGAGACAGAGGCCUUGUCACUUAAAAAUAGCCUGGAUUUGUUUGUUCCUGCCUGUUUUCAUGUGGCUUUCAUCCAAGAAUUGUGGUUUGGGUGCAAAGAGACCUUAAAGACCUUAAAGACCAUCUCAUUCCACUGCCCUGCCAUGGGCACGGACACCUUCCACUAUCCCAGAUUGUUCCAAGUGCCGUCCAACAUGGUCUUGGACCCUUCCAGGGAUGGGUCAGCCACAGCUGUCAUGGAGAU